CCGUUCGUGCGGAAGACAAGGCGGGACUUCCUGUUCCCGUCUUAGGCGGACAUCUUGUUUGAAUUAGGUUUAAUCGGCUAGGUCCGUCUCGCGAACGCAGGUUAGGCCCGAGGUCCCAGGAGAGCGAAAACGCGAGGGAAGGCGUUGUCUCUCCUGAACGGAGGCGGGCCUGAGGCUUGGCAGGGGCGCUGCCAGGGUCACCCGGCCGCUGGAGCCCCUCCUCACACUUGUCGCCCGCCAGCCACUCCCCCUCUGCGCUCCCUCCCCAGUCCGCAGGUUCGGAUGGCGGCGGCCGUGCGCACGGGCCCGGCGCAGGUGGGUGCUGCGCCCCGGUCCUCCCCUGACCUCCGUCUCUAAAUCUUCAAGCCUCGAAUGAGGGCCGCCUCGGCUCCCUGCAGUUCAGGGCCCUGUGACCAGACAGUGGGGCGCUGCUGGUUCGGUCCCACCUCUGACAGCCAGUACGAUGGCAUGUGGAAGGACGUUACGGGCAGAGGGGCCAGCAUGUGCAGAGGCUCGGAGGUGCGACAGCUGGAGUAUUCGGGAAAUCUGGGGCCUUUGGUGUCUAACAGAGGGUGUGAGGAGUUACACCUGGAGUGUCAGCCUGAGCUGCUGUGCUCUCGUUCUGAGGAUGAUGGGAGCCGUGGAUGGUUCUGAACUGAGGAGGGACACGAUCUGAGGGUUUGAAGAGUAUCCAUAGAUUGCUCAGGGGAGAACAGACUUGGGAUGGGAGAUGAUGAGCACAGAAAGAUUGAGACCUAGUCGGAGGUAACACAGCUGUUAGGUGGCCCUGAGGACUGACGCACAGAGGGCAGAGGUCAUCCCUGGGUCUUUGUGGCAGGGCAGGUAUAGGGGCUAGGCAUGAGCCCUUGGGGCUCCUCCGUGGUUGCUUGUCUCUCACAGCCUCCCUCUUCCCACAGGUUCCCAUGAACUCAGAAGUAAUUAUGGACCCUAUAUAGGUCUUGAGCCUGAGGACCCUGGGGAAACCCCAAGCCCAGGGUUCUAAGUCGAGGCCAGGCAUCAUAUGGAAGGGUUCCCAUUUCUGGUAACCUUUGGAAUGAGGUGUGGAAGGUUGUUCCGGCAGAGGAACCAGUGGGUGCAAAUACUUGAAGGGGCAGGUGAACUUUGAGGACGUGUUCGUGUACUUCUCGCAGGAGGAGUGGGGACUCCUUGAUGAGACUCAGAAGCUCCUGUACCGCGAUGUGAUGCUGGAGAACUUUGCACUGAUGGCCUCGCUGGGAAAUGCAUCUUCCAUGUCCCGUGAGGUCACCCCACUAGAGCUGGGCAGUGAGCUCUGGGUCCCAGACUGGGCGGAUGGGACUCCAGCCAUGACCAGAGAAGCUCAGCAUGAGUGUGGCCCUGGUUGUUGGCGUGGAAUGGAGGAUGAGGAGAUAGCUUUUAAACAGAACAUUUCUGUAGGAAUGUUGCAGACCAGGACUCCCAAGGAAGGCCAUUCUAUCCAGAAGGCCCACCCCUGUGAGACAUGUGGCCUGGUCUUGAAAGACAUUUUGCACUUGGCCGAGCACCAGGAAACGCACCCUGGGCAGAAACCUUACAUGUGUGUGGCAUGUGGGAAACAAUUCUGGUUGAGCACAAACCUUCACUACCAGAAGCAGCACAGUGGAGAGAAGCCCUUCAGAGGGGACAAGGGUAGGACCUUUCUUGUGAACAGCUGCCCUGUCCAGCCAGUGGAGAUGUCUUUUAUGACAGGGGAGGGUUGUAAAGACUUCCCAACUAGCUCAAACAUCUUCCAGCACCAUGCCCCUCACAGUAAAUGGAAGCCACGCAGUAACACCAAGUGUGCAGAGGCCUUUCACAGUGGACAAAGGCAUUACAAAUGUAACGAAUGUGGGAAAGUCUUCAGCCGCAAAGACUCACUUGUUCAGCACCAGAGAGUCCACACUGGAGAAAGGCCUUAUGAAUGCAGUGAAUGUGGGAAAGCCUUCAGCCGCAAACCCAUACUUGCUCAGCACCAGAGAAUCCACACUGGAGAAAUGCCUUAUGAGUGUGGCAUCUGUGGGAAAGUUUUUAAUCAUAGCUCCAACCUUAUUGUACACCAGAGAGUCCACACUGGAGCAAGGCCUUACAAGUGCAGUGAAUGUGGGAAAGCCUACAGUCACAAAUCCACACUUGUUCAGCAUGAGAGUAUCCACACUGGAGAAAGGCCUUAUGAAUGCAGUGAAUGUGGGAAAUACUUUGGUCACAAAUACAGACUCAUUAAACAUUGGAGCGUUCACACGGGGGCAAGGCCUUAUGAGUGCAUCGCAUGUGGGAAGUUCUUUAGCCAGAGUUCCGACCUUAUUGCACACCAAAGAGUUCACAAUGGUGAAAAGCCCUAUGUGUGCAGCGAGUGUGGAAAAGCCUUUAGCCACAAACAUGUGCUUGUUCAGCACCAUAGAAUUCACACUGGAGAAAGGCCUUAUAAAUGCAGUGAAUGUGGGAAGGCUUUCAGGCAAAGGGCUUCCCUCAUCAGACAUUGGAAAGUUCACACUGGAGAAAGGCCUUAGAAUAUCAGGAAAUAUGUCAUCUCCUUGUUCAACAUAGUGACUGACGCCAGAGAGAAGCUUUCAGAGGAGCCUUCGUGGGUAGCCGUCAGCUGGAAGUUGAACCUCAUACGUUUAAACACCCGCGCUGGGAAGAUUCUUCUGAGUGCCAGCUAUGUGGGAAGGUUUCUGGAGCGAUGGUGCACUUUGUAACAUGCCCAGGACCCUUGCCAGAAUUAUAUCACUGCCAGCAUCUCUGAAAGAUGCCAUCUAUUUUCACAAUGGCAGGUUGUUAUCCCACAUUGUGUGUAAGUCACCCCAACAUGCUUUGAUAGGCAGACCUCUGCUCCUCCUCCAUUCCCAGAGGGAAUCAUCAGUAGCCUGAGAAGAUCUUCACUCCUUCCUGCUCCCCCAACGUGUUUAAGCACGGACAUGACCCAGUUUGGGCCAGGAGGAUGCAAGCUUUGUUUUGCUGGCUGCUUGCGGAGAGGGUUUCCAUUUUUCAUGGACUGUUGGUCUCAUGUGGCACUUGUGAUGGAUUUGUCCAGGCUCCAAGUCACCUAAGUUGGGAGUUGCCUGCCUCCUAUUGCUCUGCUUUUGCAACGGAUGCCUUAGUUUUUAAACUGUCUUUAACCUUGAGGAUUCUAUUCACUUGUUGGAUUGGGUUGAGAACAGAAUUGGGCUCUGCCAGCAUGAAGGGAUGAACAGCUUUUGUGAGAGCUCCAGCUCUUGGGUCUCAGUGGCAUUAGCAGAAAGGCAGGCAGAGAACAGCUCUCAUUCUAGUUUCAGUCUAACUUGCAUUGCUGUUCAAGAGCUGUGGGCUGUGACCUGUAUGCCAAGAUUAUUUGUGUGACCAAGGUCACCCUGAGCAGUGGGCAUUGUGACACCUCUGGUGUAUCCAAAAGCAGCAUGAAUUGGGUCCUUUGUUCCCAGGGGAUGUUUCAUAUUCUCCAGCUCUCUUGAGGAGAACUUGAUCCCCUGGGGCCUGCCAACAUCCCUGAAAUCUGUUAUUCGGCAGGAAGAUGUCAGUGUCCCCUUAAAGGACCAGGUAGGAGUCAUAAUUGGUACAGACACUGAUUAGUAGGGAUUUGGGAGCCUGCAGCCAACUGUAGGGAAUGUGGCUCUUCUAAAGGUGGAUUUGCAAACGUUUCUGUCACGAUGGCUUUGGUGUGAGGGGGUUGCAGAAAUUCUCAGGACUCCCAUAUUUGUGUCUCUUUUAUAGCUACGGUCACUGUCAGAGCAAUCAAUCUAAACAUUUUCUUCAAUAAAUAGCAUAUAUUUACAGUGUA